CCAUCCUAAAUACAAGCUUAAAUACCCUCCAUAUCUCCUUCAUUUCCCACACAAACUUACCCAAAACACUUGACUACAAGCAAUGGCAGCCAUGGCAACAACCGUCACCUCACUGCCUUCAAGCUGUAAACCAUCUUUCUUAGACCACAAGUCAUCCUUGUAUGGCACCCCAAUUGCUUCUCGCUUCACUCCCGUUAAAUCCUCCUCACAAAACUCCACCAUUUCCAUGUCCUUAACUCCUCCUUAUGACUUACAAUCCUUUAAAUUCCAACCCAUCAAAGAAUCCUCUGUCGCUCGUGAAAUGACACGCCGUUACAUGAUGGACAUGAUUACCUAUGCUGAUACUGAUGUUAUCAUCGUUGGCGCCGGCUCUGCGGGUCUCUCUUGUGCUUACGAGAUUAGCAAAAACCCCAACAUCCGAGUUGCCAUAAUCGAACAAUCUGUUAGCCCUGGUGGAGGCGCAUGGCUUGGUGGCCAACUAUUUUCAGCCAUGGUUGUGCGCAAACCAGCUCAGAGAUUCCUUGAUGAGCUUGGCAUCCAAUAUGAUGAACAAGAAGACUACGUCGUGAUCAAGCAUGCAGCUUUGUUCACAUCAACGAUCAUGAGCAAGCUUUUGGCCAGGCCUAACGUGAAGUUGUUCAACGCUGUGGCUGCUGAGGAUUUGAUAGUGAAGGGAAACAGAGUUACCGGAGUGGUAACUAACUGGGCUUUGGUGUCUAUGAACCAUGACACACAAUCUUGCAUGGACCCAAAUGUCAUGGAGGCUAAGGUCGUGGUCAGUUCUUGUGGGCAUGAUGGACCUUUCGGGGCUACUGGUGUCAAGAGAUUGAAGAGUAUCGGGAUGAUUGAUAGCGUCCCAGGGAUGAAGGCACUGGAUAUGAACGCUGCAGAGGAUGCAAUUAUCCGGCUUACCAGGGAGAUUGUUCCUGGUAUGAUUGUUACGGGAAUGGAAGUUGCAGAGAUUGAUGGAGCCCCAAGAAUGGGGCCAACAUUUGGAGCGAUGAUGAUAUCAGGGCAGAAAGCAGCACAUUUAGCAUUGAAGGCAUUGGGGCAACCUAAUGCAAUAGAUGGGACCUUCAGUGACGUUGAAAGAGUACAGCCUGAGUUUGUUCUUGCUGCUGCUGAGACAGACGAGACUGUUGACGCUUGAAAAUAUUUGAUUUUCAGGGAAUGGACUAAAUAAAGAAAGAUGUGGAUGAAAUUAGGCCGUUUUUGAAGUGGGUUUAUAGGUUGGACGUAGACGAAAGGUGGAUUUUUGCUUUGGUUUUUGGAUAAAUUGAAUAGAAUGAAGAAAAAAAUAUUUAGUCUGAGAUUUUAUUAUGCUGCAAGCCUGCAACGCCUUUCAUUGAUUUUUCAAGUGCUUUUCUCUUAUUGCAUUUUGUUCUCAAAUCCAUCUUAAAAAUUACUCA